UAGGCUUUGUCCAGUCCUGCAGUUCAUCCUCUUCCGCCGCAAGCCGCCGCGGCAAACGAGCCAACGGCGGCGACAGAGGCGUUCACAGGUAUGGAUCCCGGGGAGAAGCCCGAGACGACCAGCGCCGGCGACGGCGGCGGCGGGGUUACGAGUAUGGAGCCCGUAGAGAAGCUCGAGACGGUCAACGCCACCGCCGGCGACGGGGUGAUUAGUAAAGAGCCCGUAGAGAAGCCCGAGACGACCGGCGCCGGUGGCGGAGUUACAGGUGCGGAGCCCGUAGAGAAGCCCCCGACGACCAGCGCCGGGGCCGGCGUAGGCCCGCCGCCGCCGCGUCUGGACUGCAUAAAGUGCUUCGACGCGCUGUGGUUCUGCUACUCGCCGUUCCACCAGAUGCAGUACUACUACCGCUACGGCGACUUCGACAACUGCUUCGGCAAGUGGGGGGAUCUCGUCGACUGCCUCUCGCUCAAGACCAAGCGCAAGGCGGAGGUGGAGGAGAUCCUCGUCGCGCGGGAGAAGGCCAAGCCGCACAUCUGGACCUUCCGGACCGUCGACGAGGCCAAGGAGAACUGGUGGCGGAUGUACAGGCACCAGGUCAUGAUGUCCAAGCCUUCGGAUUCUUCAGCUUCCCCUCCCGAGUCUGGUGGCAUUUCCUGAGAGUUGAGAAUUGGGGGAGCCGAUACAGACAGAAGCUUUGAUUUUGCUUUUGUUGCUCUGUUCUCAGAACACUGAUAUUUGUUCGAACUUGCAUGUAUCUGACUGGGUAAAUAAUUGGAGCCAUGGAUGAAUUGAUACCUGAAUCCUGUUCUUUA